CGAAUCUGGUCGCUUUUAAACAUACUAUAGAUACCAUGAUCAAGUGGAUAUUAAACUACUUACAUGACCCACGAUAUCCAUCUCUGUGUAUCAUCUUAAAUUACUUUAAGUUUUUCAUAAUAUGGGAGCCGAGCCACACUCCCAGACAAAGAAUCGUCUACCGCACCAUACUCACAUGCUACAUGAUCACUCAUAUCGGCCACUUUAUUUACUUGCCCAUAUCCGGGCAGCCAUUUUACUACUUCAUGAUUCUGUUGAAACAAGGGGUGUUCCAAAUGGCGGUGUUCAAGCUGUUCAACAUCAUGAGGCACAUCGCGGACUGGCGGCGCCUCAUGGACCGCAUGUCGCAGCUGGAGACCGAGCAGCUCCGAGACCCGCACCUGCAGCCGAUAGUCACCCGGUACAUUAAGCACGGGCAGAAAUGUAUCAUGGCUUACUGGGCGAUGAGCAUCGCUAUCACCAAUUGGAUUUACGGACGAAACGUCUAUUCGACCGUUAAACGGAUGGAGACCUAUGGGGAGUUGGACCCGGAUGACGUCGGCUACUUCUGGCUGUGGCCCACGGGGCUCUACUCAGGCCGGUGGAAGGUCUACUCCUACGUGGUCUGGCAGCUAUUUUAUGGCAUAUGCAGCAACAUCUAUGUGAAUGGCUGGGACGGUCUUUGUGUGGCCAUGAUGAUACUGCUGGCGGGCCAGGUCGAGGUGCUGUGUGAAAUGUUCAAGCGAGCGCUGGAUACUGAUGAUGAGGAGGAACAAAAGAAAAAUCUGGUUAAUUGUUAUAAAAGAUACGUCGAGUUGCUUAAGGCUCACAAUCUCUGCAACUCCAUGAUGUCACCAGUUCUAUUCGUCUACUUAUUGUUUGCCUCCAUUAAUUUGGCAUUGAUAUUGUAUAGUGUAGAUAGCUUAGAAACAUCAGGCGUAUUCUUAGCAGCAACACUGUUUGGAGGAUUAAUGGUUCAACUGUUCUUUUAUUAUUGGCACGGGCAUCAAAUUAUAUACCAGAGCAGCGUGGUGAGUGCGUCGGUGUACGCGAGCGGGUGGGUGGCGGCGAGCGCGCGCGUGCGGCGCCGCGUGUUCCUCAUGAGCGCCACCACCGACCGGAGACUCGUGUUCCACGCGGGGCCCUUCAACGAGGUCUCGCUCACCACCUUCGUAGCUAUUGUGAAGACUUCGUACAGCUUUUAUAAGUUAAUGUCUUCAACAUGAAAUUCUCAAUAAAACUACCUAAUAAAUAAGCACUUAAGUAGUUAAUUAAUUUAGUAAGUAUGAGUGUUAUUAUUUUAUAUA